AUGGCAAAGCAAGCAUCAGACAGCAAAAAGGCAGCUGCCAAGAAGGAAAUUCCUGCCAAGAAUGCCGGUGUCAAAAAAUCAACAGUAAAUAAGAAGGGCAAAAGUGUGUCCAGUGGUGCUGAUGAAAUCGACGAUAUUUUCAGUAAAAAGAAGAUUACUGAUGCUUCUGAAAUUGACGAUAUUUUUAAUACCAAAUCAAUCAAGGGAGAAGCUGCUGAAAAGGAGCCUACCUUGUCAAAGAGUGCCAAAAGAAAGGCAGCCAAGAAGUCUAAAGUAUCCGAAAGCAAGGAUGAGAAUAAACAAGCCGACGACGAGGACGAUGAAGAGGAGGAAGAACAAGAGGAAUUAACAGAGGAACAAUCUAAAAAGGUUGAGGAAGUUGUGUUUGCUGAAUUGGCAGCUGUAAAGAGCAGUAAUCCUUCAAAAAAACGUGCUGCUCCACCACCAGUCAUUGAUGAUGCAUUUGGUGAUUCAAGAGGCAUUAAAAAGACGAAUCGCACAACAGAAGAUGGCUAUCCUCUUUACGAUGUCAAGGAUCUGAACAUUGGUGGUGGUUUAGAUACACCAGAUUGCCCCUUUGAUUGUCAAUGCUGUUUUUAG